AUGGGCAACAAUAUUUCGUAUCAAGAGACGCCAGUUGAGCUCAGCUUGGGCGACCGAGGCACAAUUCGUGGCCUCCAACUCGACAAGAAGUCCCGUCGCUUCACUGGAGUCCCUUACGCCCUACCUCCCACUGGCGAACACAGAUGGCGCAAACCGCGACCCUUGCCUGCCGGCUACACUUACGCCGAUGCCAAUGGGGGCGCAUACGACGCGACAAAGUUUCAAGCAGUUUGCCCCCAGAAGGUCUGGAGCGUCGUGAAGCCUGAUGGUGGAAAGAACAUUUACAGUGAGGACUGUUUAUUUCUCAACAUAUGGACUCCGGUGCCAGCGGAGGGCGAGGAGAACAAGAAAUGGCCUGUGCAGCUUUGGAUCCACGGGGGUUGGUUCCAGACAGGCGAUCCCUCGCACGAACCAGGGAUGGAUGCGACGGAGCUAAUCACCACGGGCGGGCUGAACUCAAUCGUUGUAGCCAUUAGAUAUCGUCUCAAUAUUUUUGGGUUUCUUGCGGGCGAUGCUCUCCUAAACGACAACAACGGCGAGGCGGGCGGCAACUUCGGCUUGUGGGAUCAGCGAGCCGCUGCAGAAUGG